AUGACUUGUGGAUAUGUUUUCAUUUCUCCUGAGUAUAUACCUAAAAGAGGAAUUGCUGGGUCACUGUUACUUCUUGAGGCAUCUGUUUUCUGGGGUGAGCAGUUUGGUUUUAGCACCUUGGAAGGCCUUGAGGUGGAUAAACUGGGAUGUACCUGCUUUCUUGCAGCCUUUGUGUUGCCUGGAAACCGUAUCCAAGCAAUAACAGUCGAUCGUGUUUCCCAUUGGCUACCGUUCCCUGAAGCCCUCCCUCACAAGGUGCCCAGACGAGAGCAGGGCCAAUCCUGGCUGACUGCGCUAAACGUGAGUUGGAAGCUGUGGGUAAUCCUGGCAAGAGGCUACGGAACGUGGGAGGAAGGAGGCUGGCGGGUAGGGGGACCAUCCCCAGGGUCCUUCUGGGAAGUCGGCUCUCACGGGGGAACUGGGGACUCUGGCUGGGAACACUAUUUACCACGAAGUGGUAAAUUCCGAGCUAUGUCCAAGCCCUUCCCGUUUCAAACGGUACUUGGUGGGCGCCCAAGCCCUUUGGACAGAUCCACGUGGUUUCCUAGCUUCCAACUCGCAGGGACUCGGAUUAAAAGUCAGAAUUUUGGAUGCAUCUUUCUAGAGGUUGAAGAGAAUUUAAGGAAGCACCAAAACCAGUCAGUAAACAAGACAAAUAUUUUACUGUGUUAUCUUAAAAAUGAUGAUGAACAAAAUCCACCCGCCCCGCCCCCCCGCCCAACUAUGAUGAACGAAACUGUCAAACUAUGCCUCCUCUUCACCCCUCACGCCCUCACCAUCACCACCACCACCACCAGCUCGGGAAGUUUCCUCCGAGCAGUAUCUGUCCCAGGGAUUUCUGGAUCUAGCUCUUGGCCCAAAUUCAGACUCUCCACUUCUCAAAAUCUCGGGCACACUAGACCAGAGCCACUCCCACUACCAUUCUGUGAGCUGGCCCAAACCAAUCCUGCUCUCUCCAAAAACAGCCCUGUCUAUAGCGGCGCACCCUCCCACCGUCGGGGCCGCAAAGCCGGUGUCGCUCCUGUCCGGGAGUCCCAAUGGAGUAUCACCCCGCAGCCCUAUCCCCCAAGUACUUUACUCCGAGCCGCUCCCACACCCACUCGGCUCAGGCCCAGCCCAUUACACCCCCGAGAGCCCUCCGCGGCCACUUCCGCCGUCGCUUCCGCUCGCCCCUUAGCGUGUGGAACUGACGUAGCAGGAGCAGUUCCGGUUGGUGGAUCCCGCCCAUUAGGGUUGUUGGUAGCUGUUCGGGUAUUUCCCACACGUCUGCUCUUGGUUCCCGAGCUUCAUCCUCAGGGGAGAGCACUCCGGAGAUCCAGGAAAAUGACCACGGAGCUCCUGAAAGCCAAAAAAGAGGCAUUCGUGGCAUUCUGAGAUGUGGCUGUUGGCUUCACCCAGGAGGAGUGGAAAUUGUUGAGCCCUGCUCAGAGGACCCUGCACACGGAGGUGAUGCUGGAGACUUACAACCACUUGGUCUCACUAGACAUUCUGUUUUCCAAACUGGAACUCAUUUGUCAGCUGGAACAAGGGGAAAAGCCCUGGAUAGAGGAGAGGCAACGUUCACUGGGUCUGUGUCCAGCAGGAUCAAAGCUAGAAAUUUAGCCUUGUCUCACCUGUCCUUUGGCAUUCUCUUGCCAGCAAGCCCUCAUCCAGCAUGUGUGGUUCAGUCAUCUCGCUCAGUUAUUCUCAAGCUUAGGUGCAUGAAAUCAUCUCCAUUCAGGGAAACACUGUUCAGAAGAUCACAGACAGCAGCAGAAGCAACUCUCUGAUCAAACCUGCUCGAGCCACCAAGCAGAAAUUCGAGAGAGAGAAGAAGAUUCCAAGCUUUUGUUCAGGAGAAUAAGCAAAAGCAGCACUUCAAAGGCAAUCUCCAGCCCCCUGGAAGAACAGCCAGUAACAUCCAAGGAAGACAACACAGUGGUGGAUAUAGGGCCCAACCUGGCCCAGAGGACAGACCUCGAGGAAACAGACAAAAUAUUAUGUGGUUUAGAAAUCUCAAGAUUUGGAGCAAUCAAAUAUGGAGAGUUUGAGCUAGGCUUUAUCAAGGAGUCAAACCAGCUCAGCCUCCAGAAGACACACACAAGAGAGACCGCUUACAUGUACACUGAGUGGGGACAAAACUUCAGCAGUAUAUCAGUCCUCAUCAAAAACCAAAGGACACAUUCUGGGCAAAAGCCUUAUGUAUGCACGGAAUGUGGAUGAGGCUUUACCUGGAAGUCAAACCUCAGCACACACCAGAGGAUACACUCUGGCAAGAAAUCAUAUAUGUGCAAGGAGUGUGGACGAGGCUUUACUUGGAAAUCAAACCUAUUCACUUAUCAGAGGACAUACUCAGGGCUCAAGCCUUAUGUGUGCAAGGAGUGUGGCCAGAGCUUUAGCCUGAAGUCAAAUCUUGUCACACACCAGAGGGCACACUCUGGGGAGAGGCCUUACAUUUGCAAGGAGUGUGGACAUGGCUUUCACCAGUAUUCACACCUCAACAGACAUAAGAGGACACACUCAGCAGAGAAGCCUUAUGUUUGCAGGGAGUGUGAGCAAGGCUUUAGCCAGAAGUCACACCUCAUUCGACACUUAAGGACACACACAGGAGAGAAACCUUAUGUGUUCACAGAAUGUGGGAGUCAUUUUAGCUGGAAAUAAAACCUCAAGACACACCAGAGGACACACUCAGGGGUUAAACCUUACAUGUGCCUAGAGUGUGGGCAGCACUUUAGUCUGAAAUCAAAUCUCAACAAACAGAGGUCACACACGGGAGAAGCAUUCGUAUGCAGGGAAUGUGGGAGAGCCUUUACCCGGAAGUCAACCCUCAUCACACACCAGAGGACACACUCAGGGGAGAAGCCAUUUGUAUGCAGGGAGUGCAGGCGAGGCUUUAAUGAUAAGUCUACUCUUGUCUCACACCAGAGAACAUAUUCAGGGGAAAAACCUUUCAUAUGCAGGGAGUGUGGUAGAAGGUUUAGCCAGAAGCCAAACCGGUUUAGGCACAAGAGGGCACACUCAGGGGAUAGCCCCUUUGUGUGCAGGGAGUAUGGACAGGAGUUUUAUGAUAAGCUAACUUUCAUUAUACACCAGAGGGCACGCUCAGGGGGAAACCUCAUGUGUGCAAGGAGUGUGGGCAAGGCUUUAGCCGUCAGUCACACCUCAUUAGCCAUCAUAGGAUACAUUCAGGAGAGAAGCCUUAAAUUUGUAGUAACUGUGGGUGAGGCUUUCGUUGGAAAUCAAACCUCAUCAGACAUCAGAGGACACAUUCAGAAGAGAUACCUUGUGUGACAAGCAGUGAAACCUUUAGCCAGUAGUCACACUGCACAAGACAACGGAAGUCCCAUCCAGGGCUGUAGCUUCAGUAAUAAGUCAGCCAUUGGCUGA